AUGUCGCCAGACCAGAAGCAUCGCUACAAAUUAUAUUAUGCGAAUUCGAGAGGACGUGCCGAACCGAUUAGACUCGUUUUUCACUUUCUCGGUGUGGACUUUGAGGAUUAUCGCAUGGAGAUGGGAGACUUCAACGAUGCCAUGAAAGCUAAAGCUCCAAUGAGACAAGUACCAUUCAUUGAAAUCGACGGUGGCAAGACAACUCUCUGCCAGACAGUCUCAAUCUGCCGCUACUUGGCCAAGUCUGUUCAACCAGACAAAUGGUUCGGUGGAGCCACAAAGACUGACUCUGCAAAAGUCGAUAUGAUGGCUGAUGGGUUCGCUGAUAUCUAUCAGUUGGCUAUGUUCGGCAAGUAUGGACCGGAGGACAUUCGGGAUAGUCUGCAACACAUGUACAAAGAAAUGAUCGGCCCAAAACUCAAAAUCAUGGAGGAUAUUCUCAAGAAGAGCAAAGGGGAUUACUUCGUCGGAAAGUCCAUCCACUGGUGUGACUACGACGAUGGAGUUCUCGACGAUCUCCCAGAGCUCCGUGCCUUCUAUCUCAGAAUGCGCCAUCUCCCAGAACUCAAGGAGUACAUUGAUGCCAACUGGCCAGCCACCAAAUACAAGGAGUAA